CACAGCGCUCCGUCCGGCCUAAUGACAUGCGAUAACCUUGAUCGCGCUCCUAUUCGGCUCUGGUACACAGUCACCCGGAUGCGAGGGAGUCCACCCCGACAACCCCCAGUAUAACCAAGAACGUUAACAAUAAGAAAGUGAAAUCCUCAUGAUCGUGAGUCACCAAUAUGAGUAUAAAACUACAGGACAUGGAAUCUCCAUUCCCAGUCGAGUCACCGCCGUACACAGACGAGAGAACAGGGCGACAAGCUGAUCAAUCUGUGGCACAGCAACUGUUGAGUACUAAAGGGAAGAAGAGAGGGAUACCCCGAAUAUUUGAGUUCGGGGAAAGGGAAGAAUGGCCCGGGUAGCUUCACCCGUACUUCAGCUCUUGCUUACUGUGCUGGGCACAUUAGUAAUGACAGGUGGUGAGGAAAUACGAGUUCCCCCAUCUAUUGUGUCACCAGUAGAGGGACUGCAGCUAAGUUACACAGAACAUGAUAGGGUGGAAGUGAAAUGUAGUGCCACUGGACAACCACCUCCUUCAUACAAGUGGCUGUGGGAUGGAAAUGACAUAAACAGUGAUUAUAUCACAUUCAGUGCAACAACAGGAAUCCUGACAAUUCCCAGUCUCACUACAAGAGAAGAAGGUUCAUUCGUAUGUUAUGCCAGAAAUACUUUUUCUAAUGGGAUGACAGCCACUGCUGUUUCUGCAACAGUAGAAAUCCGAGUAGCCCGUGUAGGAGACUUUGUAAAAAGAUCAAUUGAGUCAUACUCUGGUACUGAAGGAAACUAUGUAACCAUUCCUUGUGACAAAAUUCUUCGUAAGUACUAUGGAGCCAUCACUUUCAAGUGGUACACAGUUCUAGGUUCAAGAAAUGACGAGGUUUUUCCAGAUGAACGCAAGCUCAUUGAUCAAGGAGGCAAUCUGCACUUCUCAUACGUACUCGAGUCAGAUGAGAGGGCUGGAAGUACUACAUACAAGUGUGCAAUCUCCAGUAUUAAGGCUAAUGUCAUCAGAAUUGGCAACGAGAACAGCCUGACUGUCACAAGCACUGGACCUAUUCGAAACUCGGCACCAAGACUGGAGUACAGCACCUCUGGCUCAUUCCUCAUUGUGGAAAUAGGGAAGAACGCCACACUAGAGUGUGUCUUCAGUGGAUAG